UUCGGUGAAUGUGUCUAUGGAACUCAAGGAGCAACAAGCUUAUUAUUAGGCUACAUGUCAAUGGCAUUUUGGUUUAAUGCUCAAUUACCACAGCUUAUUACAAACUAUAGAAAGUCCUCUGCUGAAGGACUCAGCCUUCCAUUUUUAUUCAUUUGGUUGUUGGGCGACACUGCGAAUUUAAUAGGAUGCAUACUGACACACCAGCUGCCAUUCCAGCAAUACCUGGGCAUGUACUUUGUUUCGGUCGAUGUCUGUCUUUUGGUACAAUGGAUCUACUACAACAAGUUCAGUCCCCCAAACCACCUAUCCGACACUGCCAAAGAAUACGAAUACAACCGAGCAAAGAUCAGUGCCUUCCAGCAUCCCUCGGUCUUGACCCCACUCUUGAUCCAGACAAACCCAGGCCAGAUCCUGACUGACGAAAUCGCACCUUACUCUGUCUCAGCCUCACCCAGCAACACCACCUUUACUACAAUAGCAUCGGCAGAAACCUCAAUAACAGAUGACCCAUUAAUCAUCGGUCGUAUCUUUGCAUGGACUUGCACCUGUCUAUACCUCAUGUCCCGUAUUCCCCAAAUUAGAAAGAACUAUAAGCGUCAAUCAGUCGAAGGCCUCUCUCCCUCCUUAUUUAUCUUUGCUGUCGGUGGUAACCUUACAUACGCCCUAUCCAUCCUCACUCAUCCCGGACAGACCCUCAACAGCCUCUUGGAUGCCCUUCCAUACUUGAUCGGCAGUGCAGGUACACUGUCAUUCGAUGCCACAAUCUUUAUACAAUUCUUCUGGUACAAAAGACGCGACACAUCCAACAAUCUUAACAUUGUUUGA